GUCAGCAUGGCGCGCACGAAGCAGACGGCGCGCAAGUCCACGGGCGGCAAGGCCCCGCGGAAGCAGCUGUCCUUGUACCGGGCGGCCCGCAUGAGCGCGCCGGCCACGGGCAGCGUGAAGAAGCCUUACCGUUACCGUCCCGGCACCGUGGCCCUGCGCGAGAUCCGGCGCUACCAGAAGUCCACCGAGCUGCUGAUCCGCAAGCUGCCCUUCCAGCGGCUGGUGCGCGAGGUCGGGCAGAAGCUGAUGAUCAACCUGCGCUUCCAGAGCUCGGCCGUGCUGGCGCUGCAGGAGGCGAGCGAGGCCUACCUGGUGGGGCUGUUCGAGGACACGCACCUGUGCGCCAUCCACGCCAAGCGCGUCACCAUCAUGCCCAAGGACAUCCAGCUGGCCCGCCGCAUCCGCGGGGAGCGCGGGUAG